AUGGCAGAAAAUAGUGAAGCGCAUUGUUCUUAUAGACAAAAAUAUUCCAGAAUUCUUCAACAGGCCCCUGCAAACAAAAUAUUGAAAGUAACGGACCCAUCUUUUGAGGAGGAAGUGUAUAAUUUGUUAGCUUUAGAUCGCUCUGAUAAUGAAGAAGCUAUCGAAGAUUUCUUGAUUUCUGCGUCGGAGUUGAUGCGUUACCAUGAUAGUGAUGAAGAUGAAGAUCAGAGGCAGUGCCAAGACAUGAUCCAGGAUCAGGAAGUCGCUGAAGAUGAAUCUGACAGUGAUAGAUCAGACAACGCUCCCCUUUCGGAUUUACUAAGAUGUAACUAUUUCUAUGGGAAAAAUAAAUACAAAUGGGCAAAGACAUCACCUUCUUUUAGAGUACGUACACCACAACAUAAUAUUAUAUCAUCUCGUGUAGGUUAA